CAAACCCUGAGCCGACGUAGCGCACCCCGGGUUCCCGGCCGGGGUCGCUCUUCAUUCCUCUGCCCGGCGUCGCAUCGAGUCCCCAGAGAGCUCCUCUGGGGUGUGGGGAGAUCCUUAUAUUCAACUGCCUAUUGGACAUCUCCCCCAGGAUGUUCUCAAGGCAUAUAAGGAUUAAAUUCUGAAUAAGUGUACAAGAAGGAUGGAUAGUUAUUUUAAAGCAGCAGUCAGUGACUUGGACAAACUCCUUGAUGACUUUGAACAGAAUCCAGAUGAACAAGAUUAUCACCAAGAUGAGCAAAACGCCUAUGAUUCUAACCACUGUUCAGUUUCUUCAGAGUUGGCUUCCUCACAGCUGACUUCAGUGCUACCAAAGGAUCAACAGUGCAUUAAUUGUUGUGCCUCAUCAGAAACAUGCUAUGAAACAAAUCAGAUUUCCCUUAACAAAACACUUGAGGGACUAGCUUCCAUACAAAAUGAAAAAAAUGUAACAGGACUUGAUCUCCUUUCUUCUGUGGAUGGUGGCACUUCACAUGAAAUCCAGCCUCUCUAUAUGGGACGAUGUAGUAAACCUGUCUGUGAUCUGAUAAGUGACAUGGGUAACUUAGUUCAUGUAACUAAUAGUGAAGAAGAUAUUAAACAGUUAUUGCCAGAUGAUUUUAAGUCUAGUGCAGAUUCUUUGAUUGGAUUGGAUUUAUCUUCAGCGCCAGAAACUCUUUGUGCUGCUUCAGCGGACCGUGUCCGAGAGGAACAGAAUGAUGUCAGCUCUGAAUUACAAAACAGAGAAAUUAGUGAGGCUGAAGAAUUGGGUACAAAAGUAGAUACAGCAACUUCAGAUUCAUGUAAUUACAGUGUGAAAGAGAAUUUAAAGGAUAAAAAGAUCUUUAAUCAGUUAGAACCAGUUGUUGAUUUUAACAUGCCAUCUGCUUUGACUCAACAAAGUUCCAAAAUGUUUGAUGCCAAAGACAGUCUACAGCACAAGGACCAGCCAUGUGAAUUACUGAAAGCCAAUAAUGGUUUGGUAAAAGAGGAAGUAGAUGUGGCAGUCAUAGCUGCCACAGAAUGUUUAGUAGAAGGAGACCGCACAAGUGCUUUGCCUUGCAGUUUUCCAAAAAAUGAAGAUUUAUACUUAAAUGAUUCAAAUGCAAAAGAUGAAAGUUUGAAAUUACCAGACUUUGCCUUUCAGGAAGAUAGGACCGCUAUAGUUAUAAAACAGUCUGCAAAAGAAGGCUCAAGAGAUGAGGAUCUUAAAGAUGAUAAUCAAGAUGUAACUCAAGAUUCCUCUCCAGCUCUACAUGUUUCAGGUGAAGAAAUAUACUCCUCACUGACUUGUCUUCCAGUACCUGGGUCUUUGUGUGGAUCAUUAAUUGAAAGCAAAGCACAUGGUGAUUGUUUACCACAGAAUGAACAUAAAGACAACAUACAAGAUGCAGUGCCAGUACAUGAAGAAAUACAGAAGAGUGUUAUUCUAGGUGGGGAACCAUUGGAGGAGACUAAUCUUUUGAAACAAGAAAAAUGUAAAAACAUAAUGGAACAGGUGGGAAAUAGAAAGGUAGAGUCCAACCCGAUGAUAAUCAGAGUUGAGUCUUUGGAUCACCCUGGUAAUGCAAAUUCUUCUACAGCUACAAAAUCUCAGAUGGAGCCUUCUGGUGCUAAUGCCCCAGAGUUUCCUGAUCAUUGUGAUAGUCUCCCUUUUUCAGGCAAUGAUAUUGAUGGGCAAGACUUAGAUUAUUUUAAUAUUGAUGAAGGCAUGAAAAGUGGUGCACUAAUUAGUGAUGCUGAACUUGAUGCCUUUCUGACUGAACAGUAUCUUCAGACCAGUAACGUAAAAUCGUUUGAAGAAAGUGUGAAUGACUCAAAAUCUCAAAUGAUUGAGAUAGACAUGAAAGGCCCAGAUGAUAAGAUCAUCAGUAAUACAUAUUUCAAUGCUGAAACAGGUGCUACUGGAGAAAGUCCUGGCAUUAAUAUGAUUUGUGAAACAGUUGAUAAACAGAAUACUACAGAAAAUGGUGGCCUUUCUUUAGGGGAAAAAAGUACAGUUCCAGUUGAACAAGGGCUAUCUAACAGUAAACCUGAGAUUACAAAUGAAUUAUCAGUCUCUGAUAUUAACAGUCAAUCUGUUCAUGUUGGAGGGGCCAGACCAAAGCAGUUGUUUAACAUUCCAUCAAGACCAAGGGGUUCAAAGGAACCAAAUAAACCAGAUGUUCCAAAUACGCCUGAAAGUGAGCCCAGCAUAGCAAAUAUGAUUGUUCCAACCACUUGUACUACCGAUUCUACAACUGAUCCUCAGGUUAGCUUCAACUCUAAUUACAUCGAUAUAGAAAGUAAUUUUGAAGGUGGAUCCACUUUUGUAACUGUGAAUGAAGAAUCUCUACCUGUAAACACUUGCAAAGAAGGCAUGGUUUUGGGCCAGAAACAACCUACUUGGGUUCCUGAUUCAGAAGCUCCAAACUGUAUGAACUGCCAAGUCAAAUUUACAUUUACAAAACGGCGACACCACUGCCGAGCAUGUGGGAAAGUAUUUUGUGGUGUCUGUUGUAAUAGGAAAUGUAAACUACAAUAUCUGGAAAAGGAAGCAAGAGUAUGUGUAGUCUGCUUUGAGACUAUUAGUAAAGCUCAAGCAUUUGAAAGGAUGAUGAGUCCAACUGGUUCUAAUCUUAAAUCUAAUCAUUCUGAUGAAUGUGCCACCAUCCAGCCUCUUCAGGAGACCCAAACAUCCAGUGUAUCUUCACCUACAACUUUACCGAUCUCAGCACUUAAACAACCAAAUGUUGAAGGAUUAUGCUCCAAAGAACAGAAGAGAGUAUGGUUUGCGGAUGGUAUACUGCCCAAUGGUGAAGUUGCAGAUACAACAAAAUUAUCAUCUGGAAAUAAAAGAUGUUCUGAAGACAUGAGCCCUCUCUUACCUGAUAUGCCCUUGACAGUAAACACAGUGGAUCAUGCCCAUUCUACUACAGUGGAAAAAGCAAACAAUGAGAUAGGAGAUAUUACAAGAAAUGAGAUAAUUCGGAGUCCUAUUUCUCAGGUUCCAUCUAUGGAAAAACUGCCUAUAAGCACAGGCACUGAAGGAUUACCUACUUCUUGUUCUUUUACACUAAGUGAUGAUGUUUUUGCGGAAGUUGAGGGACCACCUAGUCCUACUGGUGUCUUAGUUCACAGCCAUUUACCUGUUGCUAGUACUUCAGAUUAUAGGUUACUGUGUGGUAUUGACAAGAAUGUUUGCAAUAAGAUUAGUCUUCUCCCUAAUGAUGAGGACAGUUUGCCGCCUCUUCUGGUUGCAUCUGGAGAAAAGGGAUCAGUGCCUGUAGUAGAGGAACACCCAUCUCAUGAGCGGAUCAUUUUGCUUCUUGAAGGCAAAAGUUCUCAUCCUGUUACAUUUGUCCUAAAUGCUAAUCUACUGGUGAAUGUCAAGUUAGUAUUUUAUUCCUCAGACAAAUAUUGGUACUUCUCGACCAAUGGACUGCAUGGCUUGGGACAGGCAGAAAUUAUGAUUCUUUUAUUAUGUUUGCCAAAUGAAGAUACUAUUCCAAAGGACAUCUUCAAAUUAUUUAUCACCAUCUAUAAGGAUGCUCUAAAAGGAAAGUACAUAGAAAACUUGGACAAUAUUACUUUUACUGAGAGUUUUCUCAGUAGUAAGGAUCAUGGAGGAUUUCUGUUUAUUACACCUACUUUUCAGAAACUUGAUGAUCUCCUAUUGCCAAGUAAUCCUUUUCUUUGUGGAAUUCUUAUUCAGAAGCUAGAGAUUCCCUGGGCUAAGGUGUUUCCUAUGCGAUUAAUGUUAAGACUGGGUGCCGAAUAUAAAGCAUAUCCUGCUCCUCUAACGAGUAUUAGAGGCCGAAAACCUCUUUUUGGAGAAAUAGGACAUACUAUUAUGAACUUACUUGUUGACCUUCGAAAUUACCAGUAUACCUUGCAUAAUAUAGAUCAGCUAUUGAUUCAUAUGGAAAUGGGGAAGAGCUGCAUAAAAAUACCUCGGAAAAAAUACAAUGAUGUAAUGAAGGUUAUAAAUUCUUCCAAUGAGCAUGUCAUUAGCAUUGGAGCUAGUUUUAGUACUGAAGCAGAUUCUCACCUAGUCUGUAUACAAAACGAUGGCAUUUAUCAAACACAGGCCAGCAGUGCCACUGGCCAUCCUAGAAAAGUGACAGGUGCAAGUUUUGUGGUAUUCAAUGGAGCUCUAAAAACAUCUUCAGGAUUUCUUGCUAAGUCCAGCAUAGUUGAAGAUGGCUUGAUGGUACAAAUAACGCCAGAGACUAUGGAUGGCUUGCGGCUUGCUCUACGAGAACAAAAAGACUUUAAAAUUACAUGUGGGAAAGUUGAUGCCGUAGACCUAAGAGAAUAUGUGGAUAUCUGCUGGGUAGAUUCUGAAGAAAAUGGAAACAAAGGUGUUAUUAGUUCAGUGGAUGGAAUAUCAUUACAAGGAUUUCCAAGUGAAAAAAUAAGACUGGAAGCAGAUUUUGAAACUGAUGAGAAAACUGUAAAGUGUACAGAGGUGUUCUACUUUCUUAAGGACCAGGAUUUAUCUGUUUCAGCAACUCGUUAUCAGUUUGCAAAAGAAAUAGCCAUGGCUUGUAGUGCUGCACUGUGCCCUCACUUGAAAACUCUAAAGAGAGACGGGAUGAAUAAAAUUGGCCUGAGAGUUUCCAUUGACACUGAUAUGGUUGAAUUUCAGGCAGGAUCUGAAGGCCAACUUCUUCCUCAACAUUAUUUAAAUGAUCUUGAUAGUGCUCUAAUCCCUGUGAUCCAUGGUGGGACCUCCAACUCUACUAGUUUACCACUAGAAAUAGAAUUAGUAUUUUUCAUUAUAGAAAAUCUUUUUUAAUGAAAGAUAUGAGUCAUAUAUUGCAUACUAAUUUGUUAAAACUAAAUUCACUAAAGCUGAAAUGGCCACAAACACUAAAUGUUUGCUAUUUGAAACAUGUAAGUUUUGGUUUUUAGGCAGGAAAUUGUCUUUUUAAAUCAUUAGCACAAUAUUUAGAUCUCUAAAAAUUUAAGAGACCCACAGUUUUUGAAGCUUUGACUUAAUAUAAGUACUAAGAUAAGGAUUUCUUCUAUCUUUAAUAAAUUUGUAGCAUUUACUGUGUUAUUUAAAUGCAAAGCCAAAGUAUCUGCAUUUAUGUAUACCUCGUUAUGCCAAGAAUGACUUUAAUGAAGGCUCUUUUCAGGUGUAACCUUAUGAGGGAAAUAGCUGUUACAUAUGCCAGUACAGUUGCUGGUUUCUAAAGUCUGUUAAAAAUGAACUUCAGGACACAGUUUUCAGAUCUUAGUCUUAUAUGAUGAUUCUUCGAGUAAGGCAGAUAACUUAUUUGUAUAAUUGGAGUGGAGACCUACCUCCAUGAUUAGAUAAACUCUGAUUAUUUGGAUUAAAAAUCAGAAUUUUGCCUUUUUUCUUUUCAAAUUAUUAUAUAUAUAUAUAUAUAUAUAUAUAUAUAUAUAUGUUUUUUUUCUUGAUUAAAUGGGUAUUCCUAAAAUAAUUGUGGGUGCUUCAGAAUUUUGUGCUUCUGUAUUUAAGUACAUUGUUUUUAUAGCAAGAACAUGUGAUUCAGUAUGUGUUUUAUAAGUCUAAUAAUUUAUAAAUAGGUAAUAUUUUUGUAUUGCAGUGCAUUAUUUUCCUCUUUUCCUUCAAAAUAUACCCCACAUUAUUUACCACUUCUAAUAGGGAUUGACAACAGGCCAUAUGACCCUUGAAGUAGUCAUUAUGUAGCAAUAAAUGAAGCCUAAAACAGGCUUUUUUAACUUCUCCUUUAAAUCGUAGAACUUUGUUGGCAAGUUUGCAUAUUUUCAUUGACACCGAUGUAUUAAAUACACAUUUUAAUGAACUAAUUACUUUUGCAUAUUUUAAAUUCUUUAUAUGGUAGUUAUUUUUAUAACAGGAUAUUAACAUAAGUUAAAUUCUAUGUAUUUGAAACUUACAGAACCUUCCUCUUCAAACAGCAAAACUUUAAGAAGUAUGUUGUGUUAAAAAAAGUGUAGGGGAUGUUUUAGUUCUGUCAUUUACAUUAUAUAAAUAAAAUACAACCAUUAUUUUGAUACUUUUUAAAUUCUUAUAUGGUAUAUGUUUUUGUAUCAAAAACACUCAUUAUAUAUCUCAAGAAAAAGAAACUACACUAAAUAGCCCUGAUGUAAGAAAAAUACUUAUGAAGCAUCUCAACAUGAAGACCAAGUCAGGGUUAUAACUCAGGAUCUGAGGUCUCAGGCUAGGAGAGACUGAGAAUUUUACUCCACUGGUCACAUGGUUGUACUGAAUCACAUCUGUAGUACUAACCAAAAAUAUCCUGUGAAGGAGAUUAUCAGUCUUCUGGAAGUAGCUACUUAAUAAGCAAUGUAAAAUGUUGUGGCUAUUAAAUAAAAUGGCAACACAAAGUAACCUGUGAAAUGUAUUGAAAUGGUGUAAGAUUAUUUUUAUCAGUUUAUGUUUUCUUUACAUAGUGUGUGUUUAUUUUGCAGUAUAAGUAGUUGCACAGUCUAUGAAUACUGAAAUUAUUUUAUUUGUUUAUUUUUUAUUUUAGUAAUCUCUACACCCAAUAUGGGGCUCAAACUCAUGACCCCAAGAUCAAGAGUCACAUGCUUUUCUGACUGAGCCAGCCAGGCACCCCUGAAAUUACUUAAAAAUAACCAAAUGGUGGAGAGCUCUUCCCAUGAUAAGAUAGCUUUAGAUUUCUUUCCAAAAAGUCUCUACAUUUAAUGAAAAUUGGAAUAAUGUGUCUUUAGAGAAACAUUUUAAAGUAUUCUUUGUAGAUGUAGGUUUCUGAAUGCAGUUGUUACUUAUUUGGUCAUGUUCUUCACAUUGGUACUUUUAAAUUUUUUUAAAUGUAAAGAAAUAGAAUGGUUCUUUGUAUUCAGUCUGCAGUGAUCUGUUUUUGAUCUGAGGCUUUUUAAUACUGGUCUCUUUCUCUAAACUCUGAAAUAUGAAGUAAAAUCUAGCCCACUUGUUCUGUGCAACCACCCAGCACACUUUGUCUAUAUACUUGCUAUGUGCAGAGCAUUUUGUUAGGCUUCACUAGUUGAAAGAUGAGUAAAAUAGCUCUUUCCCUAUUGGAGCUGAAUGUGUGAGUCAGGUAAUUAAUGAAGUAAAAGUUACUGCUAUAAUAGAGAUAUGGUUGGAAAACAACCCAGGAGGCAACCCUCUCAGGUCCUCUCCCCCUUCAGGAGCUUUAUACUAUCACUCAAUAAACUUUGCUGCCCACCAAAAACAAAACAAAACAAAA